AUGGAGAUUCUCUAUUCAAUGUGGGGAAGUCCCAGUUGCGCCCGCUGUAAUCCCAAGGUCGCCAAGGCCGCUAACGAUAGUGUACUGGAGGCUCCAGCGGCCAGCGAUACACUGGAGCUGCAGUGCUGGAGUCAGUCGUCGGCCGACCGCUCCAGCGGAACAGUGUUCAGUUCAAGUUCCUUCACCUCACAGCUCGCCGCUACACUCUCCGUACAUACCAUAACGGGAUGCCAGGAGAUGAAACGGUUUGGACUCUUGUUGGUCGUGAUCCUGACCUGCAGUGACGUCACAGGAGACCACCACGACCCCGACUGUGAGGACUGCAAUGAAAACGGCUCUUGGUUCCCAUUGUUCCAACCAUCUCAGAUCAUCAGUUCAGAGUUUCCUGAGCACGAACAGUACCGCUCAGGAGAGGCUCCAGCUCCCCUGACCUACGCCACGGCACGACCCCAGGUGUCACGGGAGUCGCUGUCCCACGAGUGUGAGGAGCCUCCACAGGUGGUGCACCUAGGAUCCCGGGAGGUGACGGGGGUGGACACUCCGGUGCAGAACUACAACGGCGGUGGACAACACCGAGUGGAGUGGGACCACUAUGGUGACGUCACCACGUUGUCAACAGUGGCCUACAACAGCCUAGAAGAACGAGGAGGAGCUCCAAGAGGUGUAAGCGGCGAGGACCGCAGUGACUACAGACAAACAGGUCCUGAACAAGACAAUAGUGCUAGCGUCAAGAGCGAAGAGUUCUUCGAAAACGGGAGCUUCUUUGACGACAAACCUUCUAGAGAAAGUUCCCAAGACUUUGGUAACGAAUAUCCCUUUUCGGGAGAACACCAUCACCACGGAAACUCCAUUGAGUACGACUCACAUGAAACGUACGGUAGGAAACCGGUAGCGACAUCGUACGCUUCCAUAUCCUCCGUGUUUGAAUCCCGCCCAGUUCCGAGAGCCAGGGAUCUACUGCAUCCUGAAAUGUUCAACGAAAUCCCUCACUACGUCAACCUAAAACCUGUAAGAUUGAACAAGACCAGGCAAUACUUCGUGCACGAGCCUCUUUCUAGAGAGGACCCUGGUGUGCUUCGCAUCUCUCAUACUCCAGGUCAUCCCUCGGUUAUGGGUAGGAACAAACCUCUAGGACCUCUGGGUCCCCGACCGUCCUCCUUUGUGCCAGUGAAUCAUCCUGUGUACCGUUAUGUCAAGGUUCAUGGAGGUUUGAACAGAAAACCCAGCCAAAGUCGCUCCACUCUCAACCUAGAGGACAUCCAUCCUCAACUCAGAUCCAAGUUCCCGUUCAAAUACCUGCACCCUCGCGUACACGUGCAGAACCAAGAGAACUUCGUACAACACGUAGUUCCCACCAAGGACCCAUUCUCGGACUCGUUCUUUAAAGAGUCCCAGAAAAUCGAAGACCUCAAACCACCCCCUUUGGGGCAAACACUGUACUAUUAUAAGAAAAAACCGAACCCAAUGGAAAUGAAAAACAUCGCGAGAAGAAGGCAUAGUCCAGGAUACAUGUAUAUUAUAAGAAGGAAUAAUAAGAAAUUGUAUUGAGCAUGAAUGACAAAUUAUGUGUCGCUUUAAGUUUUUGUAAGUUCCUUCUACAUCUAUUGUUAUUUAAAACUGUGUCAGUUCCUUUUUUGUACAUUUUAUUUAUUUCAUAGUAUAAGCAAACGUAUUUUACUUAACCACAAAUAAUUUGUACUUAGCUGUAGUUUAUUGUAAAAAUAACAUAGAUUUAUGAUAAAG